AUGACAUUUCCACUCCUGCGCCCCACCCUCCUGCUGCUGUUGGUGGUUUGGAUUGCCUGCUUGGUGGCAGACGAUAAUGACACCGAACUCCACGGCAACACACACCACAUUGGCACCGUUGGGUCCGCCAACUGUGGGGAAUACAGCAACCAGGCCACUGCCGAUGGGCAGUGCCACCUUGAGGCGACGCUGCCACAGCUGGGCGAACACCGUUGUCCGGACAUGUUCCGUUGCACGGAAGAGGUGUCCUACUGGCUGCACGAAAAUGAGGAGAGGAAACAGCAGAUCCUGGCGCUGAAGGAGACCAUUUCUGAGCUGCAGGAGGAGCUCAGGAACCACCGCCAUCGUGUCAAAGUCCUGGAGCUGCAGAAUGAAGAGAAGAACGGGCUGAACUCGUCUCUGGAGCAGCGCUUUCGUGAGCUGGAGAGACACCAUGCAGAGACCAGCACGCUCCUUCACUUGCAGGCCUCUCUCAUCUAUGACAUGCAGACAAGGAUACAUAACCUGUCCAUGCUGGUGGAGAAAGUACGAAAGAACCCUGGUUGUAUGAUCAACAUCAUCCGCUCCAGCCCCUUCAUGAGCACCCAAGAAGCCCUCCACCCAGAGGUCCAGCAUGUGAGAAACUGUCCUAUCGACUGUGCCUCCAUCUAUUACAAUGGGGUCCACCGGUCAGGGAUCUAUACUGUGGUGCCGUCGCUGGGAGCCAUGCCUGUGGAAGUCUACUGUGACAUGGACACUGAAAAUGGUGGUUGGACAGUGAUCCAGCGACGGCAAGAUGGGACGGUCAACUUCGACCGCAGCUGGAGAGAGUACAAGGACGGCUUUGGCAACCUGCACACCGAGUUCUGGCUGGGGAAUGACAACAUUCACGAACUCUCCAGACAGGGGGACUACACGCUACGCAUUGACCUGGAAGACUGGACCGGCAAGCACAAGCACGCCCUCUAUGAGAGCUUCAGCAUCGAGGAGGAGGCAAAUCACUACCGCCUCCAUGUGAACGGGUUCAGCGGCACUGUGGAGGACUCCUUCAGCUGGUACCACAACAAGCAGGACUUCAGCACCUCUGACAUGGGCAACAUCUGUGCCCAGAUCUCACAUGGGGGGUGGUGGUACAACCAGUGCUUCUUUGCCAACCUCAAUGGGGUGUACUACAAGGGUGGCCGUUACUCACCCAGAGGGCAGAGCCCACUUGGGCCAGAUGGCAUUGUGUGGUACACAUGGAAGGACUCAGACUAUUACUCCUUGAAGAAGGUCAGCAUGAUGAUUCGGCCCCGGACUUACCAGCCACGCCUAUCGCCAUGA